AUGGCGUCUAUCAGACACUCGUCCUCGGUCGCCUCGGCCGUGUGUAAACAGACUGCGAACUCUCGUCCUCUAGCACAAUCCGUGGCUUCCGUGCAGACAUGUAGACCGGUCUCAUUAUUUUCCCCGACACGAUAUGCAUCUUUCUCCAUUCUCCAAUUGAAAUCUCCAUCCACCAUGAAUCAAGCUCGUAUGUUCCUGACGCAUGUCCGUCGUCAAGCACAGGCGUUCCGAGAGCCACCCAUCACACGCUCGACCUCUACUCUUCCGAAGGGCGCAAAGUCCCAACCAGCUCUGCAACUCACAAACCUCCCCUACUUUGUUCGCCGCACCGGCUCCAACCAGCUACCCGUCUACGUUGUCACAAAAGCCGGCGGUACUAAGCAACUCACUAAGAUCCAAAAGACCGAGGGUGAUCUGGAUGCGCUACGCAAUGACCUCGCACUGACUCUGGGUGUGGACGUACGGAGCUCUGACGUGAGCGUCAACCGCUUGACUGGCCACAUCAUUGUCAAAGGCUGGCGCAAACCUGAAAUCGUUGAUUUCUUGAAAGAGCGAAACUUCUAA